AUGUUCUCCGGAAGAAGAUUAUUAGGUAAGUUAAGUUUAGUAUUUGGUGGCAAUCGGUUGGCUGGUACGCUGGUCAACGUUCCUCAUGUUCCUGUGAUGGCCGUGGAAACGAUCAAAUUUCUUAAACCGCAAGAUAAUGAACUGUUUCUGGACAUGACGUUCGGGGCCGGCGGUCACACGAAGGAGAUUCUGAAGGUAGCCCCAAAUGCUAAAGUAAUAGCGCUGGAUCGGGACCCAACUGCUCAUCAAAUGGCACUGGAUUUGGCCAAAAAAUAUCCUGGCCAAAUAUUUCCUGUGCUAGGGAGGUUUUCCGAAUUGCCGGAAAAGUUAUCUAAGCUGAAUGUGAAUCAGCAAUCGAUUGAUGGGGUAAUAUUCGAUUUUGGAUGCUCAUCGAUGCAGUUCGAUGAAGGUUCCCGCGGAUUUUCCAUAAGUAAAAAUGGUCCACUGGAUAUGCGAAUGGACCAGGAUCGGUUCCCGGACUCGCCGUCUGCUGCAGAAAUCCUUUCGAAAAUUGACGAGAUGGAUUUGGCGCGAAUUUUGAAGAUUUACGGCGAAGAAAAGCAAGCAAAGAAGAUCGCACGAGCAAUUGUAGAAACCCGUUACUCGAUCAAGAAAAUUGAAACCACCAAAGAAUUAGCUGAUUUAGUGCAAUCCUGCCUUGGCAGCGGAAGCUUUCGGUUGGACAAACUUCAGCGUCCCAGCCACCCGGCGACGAAGACCUUCCAAGCGCUCAGAAUCUUCGUAAACAAUGAGCUGAACGAAAUCAAUUACGGGAUGAUACUUGCCCAUCGCUAUCUAAAGAUCGGCGGUAAAAUGAUAGCGAUCACGUUCCAUUCACUGGAAGACACCAUAGUGAAACGGCACGUGAUGGGAAAUGUCCUCAAUGACAUGGCCAAUACGUUGCCUUUGAAGUACUGCAGCCAUACGAUCAGUUACGAACAUGAGGUGAUGGAGAACGUGAUGAAAUCCUCCUGGCAUCAAAUGACUAAGCACGUGGUACUGCCAAGUGACGAUGAAGUGGAGCAGAACCCCCGGAGCCGAUCAGCAAAGCUGAGGGCAGUGGUGCGUAUGACCUAAGGAAUGUUCAAAGUGCGGAAUAAAUGUAGCUGUUGUUGAACCGAA